AUGACAGAGACCAACAGCAACGCCCGGGAGGGAUCGGCUGGCAAUAUGGCAACACGUGGCUCAAUUGAGGAAUUUAAUGUCAAUGAGCCAGGAGAAUGGAGUGAUUAUUGUGACAGACUUAAGUUUUACCUCCGUGCUAAUAGAAUUACCAGUGCUGAGGAGCGAAGGGAUACGUUCCUCAGUGUGUGCGGAAAGGCUACUUUUAAAUUAGCAAAGAACCUUAUCUCCCCGGCCACACUUGAGUCAAAGACUUUUGAGGAAUUGACUGCGGUGCUUGGCAACCAUUUUGAGCCGGCGCCUUCACAAUUGGCCUGCCGGCAGAUGUUUUACCAGCGGUACCAGCAGAGUGGAGAGUCGGCGUCAUCAUUUGUGGCUGCCUUGAGGGAACUCACCCGCUGUUGUGAGUUCCACGAUCUGGAGGAGAUGCUGAGGGAUCGUUUUGUGUGUGGCCUGUGUGAUGAGAGGCUGCAGAGGGAAUUGGUUGCCAAGAAGUUUUUGACCUUCCAGGAAGCUUAUGACUUUGUCAUCUCCCGGGAGGGGGCAGACCGCACAGUUCGAGAGCUCCGUGGUGGACAGGCGACUGGUGUGCAUGCGGUGGAGACUGACACAGAGGAAGGCGCGUCGGACGAGGUAACGGGGGGAGCAUUGAAGGUGUUUCAGUCCUCCCACCGGCAGCAAGGAAGUCGACAGCUUGAUCAUCGCCGGCUGCUGGCCCAGUCGUCCCCCAAGAGCUGUGACAGUUGCGGAAAAGCACACGAGCGACGGUUUUGCAGGUUCCGCAACGCCCAGUGUCGGAAGUGUAAGAGGAUGGGCCAUAUUGCCCGAGUCUGUCGGGCUGGAGAUCGAGAGACUGGAGAUCGUUCAAGAGAGAGACUGAGGUGCUGGGGCUCAGAGCCUGAGAUUGUGGGUCAGUGUUCUUCGACCCGUAUUCAGCCCCAAAGUGAUAGUGUACGGCCACCACCAAGGAUCACGAAAGUGGUUCGCAUAGAGGGGGUGCCCUGUGAACUGGAAGUGGACUCUGGGUCGGGGUUCACGAUUGUUUCAGAGCCCACUUUCCGCAGCACAGAAAAUUUAAAGGCAAACUGCGAAUUGUGGUUGCAGGGGGCCGGCGGCCGGACUUACUGGUUUGAGGCCUUCGGCAUCCGCCUAGAGGGGGCCCACAGAAUAGAGUCGGCACCGUCUUCUUUUGAGGCAUUGUGCCAGGAGUUCGCAGCUGUUUUUGACGGACAAUUGGGACGAUACACAGGGCCGCCGGUGUCCUUCGAUCUGGACCCGGCUGUUUGCCCUAUCCGACUGAAGCCGCGCCGUGUGCCCUUUGCAUUGAAGCCGAGGAUCGAUGAAGAGUUGGACAAGCUUGUGGAGCAGGGGGUGCUGGAGCCCGUCUCGCAUGCCCGCUGGGAGACCCCAAUCGUGUGCCCUUUGAAGGCAAACGGCGCAGUACGGAUCUGCGCGGAUUACAAGUGCACUCUGAAUAAGGCACUGCAGCAAAAUGCCUACCCAGUGCCAGUGGUAAGCCAUGUGCUCGCGUCCCUGGCAGGGGGGCAGAUUUUUGCAAAAUUAGACCUGGCGCAGGCCUACCAACAGCUCCCGGUAGACGACGCCACAGCGGAGGCGCAGACAAUUGUUACUCACCGGGGAGCAUUUCGAGUUAAGCAUAUGCAGUUUGGGGUCAGCGUGGCCCCAGGAAUUUUUCAGGGACUGAUGGAGCGACUACUUAAGGGAAUCCCGGGGGUAAUUCCCUAUUUUGAUGAUAUACUAGUCGCCGGGGUGUCCUCAGAGGAACUGAUUUCCCGCCUCCGUGAAGUUCUGGCCCGCCUUGCAAAAGCUGGCCUUAAGGUUAAGCGGGAGAAGUGCUUCUUGGGAGUUCCCCAAGUAGAGUUCCUGGGGUUCCUGGUUGACGCCAAGGGUAUCCAUCCUACUUCUGCGAAAGUUACUGCCAUCAGGAGUGCGCCAGCCCCACAGUCAAAGAAAGAGCUGCAGUCGUUCUUGGGGCUUCUCAAUUUUUAUCAUGCCUUCCUUCCACAUAAGGCGUCUAUCGCGGAACCACUACAUCGUCUGCUUGAUGACCGGGGAACUUGGAAGUGGGGGCAGCGGGAAGCUGCUGCUUUCGCCGCAGUAAAGGACUUACUUUCGUCCGAUAGUGUUCUUACCCAUUUCCGUGAAGAUCUGCCUUUGUCGUUGGCUUGUGAUGCAUCUCCUUACGGGAUUGGAGCCGUGCUGAGCCACCGGUUACCGGAUGGGCGGGAGGCUCCUAUUGCUUAUUUUUCUCGAACUUUGUCGUUGGCCGAGAGGAACUAUGCUCAAAUUGACCGGGAGGCUCUGGCAUUGGUCGCAGGAGUAAAAAAGUUCCAUGAUUAUGUUUAUGGGCGCCCGUUCGAGCUUGUGACUGACCACAAGCCGCUGCUAGGGUUGUUUGCGCCAGACCGUCAAACACCGCAGAUCUUGUCAGCCCGCAUGUUGCGGUGGGCCAUGUUUUUGUCAGCCUACACGUAUGAACUGGUGCAUCGAGCGGGUAAAGCCCUGGGCCAUGCAGACGCCCUCAGUCGGUUGCCAUUGCCAGAGCCGGCUGAGGAUCCAUCACCGGCUUAUGGCGUUAUGUCCUUGGAAGACCUGCCGCAACCCCCUGUUAGUGCGGAUCGGCCGCAGGAGGCUAUCAAGGAGAAUCUCACCUGUUUUUAG